CCUGCCCAGUUAACAAUGGACUCACCUUGUGCUUUUCUCUGUGGUCUUUUUGGCGAAAAUGUGGUUUCUGAUAACAUAAGGCGCAGCUUCGCGCAUUUGCCAAUUUUUUCUCCAUUUUGUUUCUACCUGGACACAUUUUUAUAGGAAUUUUUGAAAAUAUAAAACUGCUUUAUGCUGAAAACACAUUUUUUACCACUUCUGAACGCUACUACUGACAGGAACAUGAUACAGGCAUUCGCGCCAAUCAAGUGAUCUAAACCAAUCAAAUGUUUGCUUGGAAACUUGUUGCCUAGGCAACGCGCCCUGGGCGCGUCAAAGUACGCACGUCAGCAUUACAGUUGAGCUUGACAUUUUAGGCAUGCCUCAACUCAAAGUUUUUCUUACUAAAACCCCUUUUAAAGACUUGGGGAAGUUUUACUGCACGAAAAAUGCUGCCACGUUGCUCCAAACAUCCAAAACUCUCAAACAAGAACAGCAGCUUGAAAAUUCGGCAGAUUUGGCGACUGGAAACUCUGAUGAAUGCGCCAAGUUCGAACAACGAAUGGCUAAGCAAGUUUUGAUUGAAAAGGAACAAGAUGCCAAUCUUCAGAGCCGUUUGUCUAAGGAUUGCAAAGUAUUCUUAGCUAGAUGCAACAGCGCUACUGCUCUUAGAUGCGGCUCUAUACGUGUAGAGCAACUGGCCCCACCAACCGGUUCCCCAGAUUGGUUGUCCGACAAUUUCACUAAGUUCCAGCUGGAAGAAUCAGGCAAAUGCCCACCAGUUCCAACCAACUGUCCUGAACCAGCAAAGCCGAAAGAGCCCCAAUGCGCUCCUGCAGGGGGCACCGACGGGGGAUCUAAAGAGUCAACUGUAGCACCUCCAAGGCUAGUCAGACAGGAACCAGGCAAGGUUUUGUUCGCAUUUGUGCCAGAAGAAUGGUGGCGAGCCUUCAUUCCGAAAACCGGAGUGACUGGGUUUGGUGUGUUCCUGUUCACUUUCAGCACGUUUCUCGUUAGCAAGGAAUACUACGUGCUGGAACACGAAUUUUAUGGCGGUCUGAGCAUGUUGCUUUUGUGGUUUAUUGGGAUCAAGUACUACGGAGCCCAAGUAGGCCAAACGCUAGAUAAGCACAUCGACGCUAUUGAAAAGGAAUGGGAGGAUGUUAAAGAGGCAGAGAAAAAACAACUGGAGGAAAACAUUUUGAACGAGUUGCAUUGGCAAUAUCAAAUGGCUGGGCAGGAACUGCUUCUAGCGGCAAAACGGGAAAACGUUCUGUUACAACUCGAAGAAGAAUAUCGCAAAAGGCAAAUGCAAGUUUACGAAGAAGUAAAAAACCGGCUUGACUAUCAAGUUGCCAUUAACGGGGUGCGCCAAAAAGUGCAGCACCGAAACCUCAUCGAGUACGUGACCAGAGAAGUAUUAAAAUCGAUAACACCCGAAAUGCAGAGCAAGUUAGUCGAUUACUCAAUAGACCAGAUCUUGAAAAACUUAGAGAACAUGGAAAAACCCCAAUGAGACAAUGGAACUUGAAUAAAAGACCAGCUUAGAUUUGUGAUACAUAGCUCUAUUUUUGUUCAAAAUCAACAGACAUUUAGAUCAGAAAUGAAGUGUUUCAAUAGAUCAACCUCAAUGCUAGAGCGAA